GACAUCAUCGUCCACCCGAAGGCGAUUCGUGGCGUUCCGGGUUCAGUAGGCAGUCCGAUGCCGGGUGAAAUUCUGGAGGUGCGCGUGAAGCCUGGCGACCAAGUGACGAAGGGUCAGCCAAUGGCCACGCUUUCUGCCAUGAAGAUGGAGAUGGUGGUCAGCGCGCCGAUCUCGGGCAAGAUAUCUCGCAUCCAUGUGGACAAAGGUAUGAAGGUGAACGGUGAGGAUCUGCUCAUCGACAUUGAGUAG